CCAAGUCAGUGUCCAAAACAAUACUGCAGAGAGAAACAUGGGGCGUUUUGUGAGAUUAAUAUUAAUUCUGGCUGUGGUCUCCUGUGUUAUUGCAGCACCAGAACGUAAGCGCAAACUACACAAACCAAGAAUAUCUGCGUCACAAGGUAGUUUAGCGUUAGGGCGCUUAUCCGGAGGCAGUUUUGGAUCCGGGUCCUUCAGCAUUGGUCACGGAGGUACCAGCAGAGGGAAGGGAGAUGGAGGUCAUGGUGGUAAUCAUGGAACCAGGACGUAUGGAGGCACAGGUGGAGACCAGGGCCACAACAGUUAUGCCUGAGUUGAUUACCAGUCUAAGUUUUUAAUUGUAGUAUAUUGUGUUUUAUUGUAAGUAGUUCUUUACUUCAAAGUUUUGCGUCCUCUAGCACCCCUAGUGUCGCAAAAUACCCUGUUGAACCCUCAUUACUGAUAGACAAAAUGUGACUUUAUUAUAGCCUAUGUAUUAGAAC